AUGUGUCCCGGUGCAGACAACGAGCCCAAUGGGCCCCCUGGCGGUGCCAAUGGCCAGGCCAAUGGAGAACACCCCGGUUUCACUGCCGUCGAGACCCGCCAGAACCCUCACCCCUCCCUUUCUCGUAACCCUUACGGCCACAACGUCGGUGUAACCGACUUCCUGAGCAAUGUCUCACGAUUCAAGAUUAUCGAGAGUACCCUUCGCGAGGGUGAGCAAUUCGCCAACGCUUUCUUUGAUACCCAGAAGAAGAUCGAAAUCGCGAAGGCUCUGGAUGACUUUGGUGUUGACUACAUCGAACUUACCAGCCCCUGUGCCUCGGAGCAAUCGCGACAAGACUGUGAGGCUAUCUGCAAGCUCGGUCUCAAGGCCAAGAUCCUGACUCACAUUCGGUGUCACAUGGAUGAUGCCCGGGUGGCCGUCGAGACCGGUGUCGAUGGAGUUGAUGUUGUCAUCGGAACGUCGUCCUACCUCCGGGAGCACUCUCACGGCAAGGAUAUGACCUAUAUCAAGAACACUGCUAUCGAAGUUAUCGAAUUUGUCAAGUCCAAGGGUAUCGAGAUCCGAUUCUCUAGUGAGGACUCUUUCCGCUCGGACCUGGUUGACCUGCUUUCUAUCUACUCCGCCGUCGACAAGGUUGGUGUGAACCGUGUCGGUAUCGCUGAUACUGUUGGUUGUGCUUCUCCUCGCCAGGUCUACGAGCUUGUCCGUGUCUUGAGAGGUGUUGUGGGAUGUGAUAUCGAGACUCACUUCCACAACGACACCGGUUGUGCCAUUGCCAACGCCUACUGCGCCUUGGAGGCUGGUGCCACUCACGUUGAUACCUCCGUCCUCGGUAUUGGCGAGCGUAACGGUAUCACACCUCUGGGUGGUCUCAUGGCUCGUAUGAUGGUUGCCGAUCGCGAUUACGUCAAGAGCAAGUAUAAGCUGGAAAAGCUCAAGGACAUUGAGGAUCUCGUGGCCGAGGCUGUUGAGGUCAACAUUCCCUUCAACAACUACAUCACGGGUUUCUGCGCCUUCACCCACAAGGCCGGUAUUCACGCCAAAGCCAUUCUCAACAACCCCAGCACCUACGAAAUCAUCAACCCUGCCGAUUUCGGCAUGACCAGAUACGUUCACUUCGCUUCUCGUUUAACUGGAUGGAACGCUAUCAAGUCUCGUGCUCAGCAGCUCAAACUUGAGAUGUCCGACAACCAGUACAAGGAAUGCACGGCCAAGAUUAAGGCUCUUGCUGACAUCCGACCCAUCGCUGUCGACGACGCCGACAGUAUCAUCCGUGCUUACUAUCGUAACCUCAAGUCCGGAGAGGACAAACCCCUUCUCGAUCUGACAGCCGACGAGCAGGCUCAGUUUGCUGCCAAGGAGAGGGAAUUGGCUGCUCAAGUAGCAAACGGCAUUCCCGCCUAA